GAGGGACAUCUCUAUACAAAUGUUAUAAGAAAUAUAUUAAGAAAAUUUUCACACUCUUUUGCAUUGUGGAAACGACUUUUUCUGUAUACGUCCCAAUUUUUAGCUUUUCAUGGUCAGAACACAGCUCGUUGAAAUACUGAAUAAAUAAUGCAUCUAGUACCAAUAAUUUACCAUCAGUGGACAAAAAUUUAACAAAACAGGCAAAUACAAAAAAGUGCCAGUGUCUUGAGUGAGACAGGCAGUCACUCUCGAUAUUGUUAUAGCAAUGGUAGGAUACAGAUACUCCAGAACACAGCAGUUAUAGACCAUGGUAUGCCUUCAUUAAUGCCCAGAGAGGAAAUUCUGGUGUUACAGUAGCUCAAGGACAGAUGUAGUAGCCUACUGAUAGACAAAAUUAUCAAAAGCUUGUGUUUAUUGUUUAUUGUCAUUAAUUGAAAACAAAACUUUAAUAUCCAACUGGUGGGAGGCGCUGGGGUGGACCCAGAACACACUGGAGGGAUAUAUAUCUCGUCUGACCUGGGAACGCCUUGGAAGCCUCCAGGAGGAGCUGGAAAUCAUGUUGCAGACAGGGACAUCUGGAGUAGCUUUGCUCAGCCUGCUGCCCCGCAACCCAGCUCUGGCUCAUGCUGAAAUAAGCUGGAUAAAAAGGCCUGGAAACUGGAAUAGUCUGGAUGAAAUCCCCCCCCCCCCACCCCUUUACACCGACUGCCGAACCAAUCACGUCAAUGCAAGGAGUGACAUCUCUAAUAGGUGGGGGUGAGGGCAUUUGGGACGGCUUCGCUAAAUCUACAAACUGUUUACCUUCUUAGGGAAAGUUCAUCGGCCGCCGCUGUGCUGCUGAGAACUUGUACAGUAAGUGGGCCAUCAGCUGAACUACAGGUUUUUUAGAGCAGGCGCGACGUAGCCUGUUCGUUUAAGUUCUGAAGCAGUUUCGAAGUGAGGUGUGGUGUUGUGACGUGAAGAUGAUACCUCUGAUGUUUACCAGCGUUUUAGCAGGACUACUGGCUCUUCUGCUUUACCAGAGAAUGAAUUAUCCAUUCUUCUGGGUGGAUCUGAUUUAUUAUUUGAAACUUCGGAAGUAUAGAAGGACGUCGCAGGCUCGUAUGCAGCAAGGAAUCAUCACAUACCUCGACUGUUUUCUCUACCAGGCGAGGAAUAACCCGAACAAACCCUUCAUCAUCUUCGAAAACCAGUCUCUGACCUACCAGGAUGUGGACAAGAGAAGUAACCAGUUCGCCAACGCGUUCAGGACACUGGGCUCUUUGAAACAAGGAGACAUUGUUGCCCUGUUGAUGUUCAAUGAACCGGACUUUAUUUGUGUUUGGUUGGGACUGUGUAAACUGGGCUGUGAAGUUGCCUUUCUCAACGUCAACAUAAAAGCCAAGUCUCUUCUUCACUGCUUUCAUAGUUGUGGAGCCAAGACGCUUGUUGUCGGCGCAGAUCUGGUGCAUUUGGUGGAGGAGGUGUUGCCUGACCUGAAGAAGAACAAUGUGGCUGUGUGGGUGGUGGAUCACACAUCCCCUUCUGAGGAUUUUAACACAUUACUAGAUAAGGUGGAACACAUGGCUGGAGAAACCCUAAGUGACCUUCCUAAAGUUGACAUCAUGUCCAACUUUCUCUUCAUUUUUACCUCAGGCACCACAGGUCUCUCCAAGGCAGCCCGGGUAGGUCAUCUAAAAGCCAUAGUGAGUAUGGCCUUCUUUCAAAUGUGUGGAGCCACAUCUGAUGACAUCAUCUACAUCACUCUUCCUCUUUACCACAUGUCUGCUUCCCUGUUAGGAAUUGGAGGAUGCAUACAUCUUGGUGCAACAUGUGUGUUAAAAAAGAAGUUUUCUGCCAGUCAGUUUUGGAAGGACUGCUUGAAACACAAUGUGACGGUGGUGCAGUACAUAGGAGAGCUUUGUCGAUACCUGUUAAACCAAUCUGUGGUUCCAGAGGAGAGAGUUCAUAGGGUUUGGCUGGCAGCAGGAAGUGGUCUCAGGUCAGAUGUUUGGAAAGAGUUCAUCAAGCGUUUUGGUAUGAUCAAGAUCAGAGAGGGCUACGGCUUAACUGAGGCCAGCAUCGGCUUCCUGAACUACACUGAUGAGGUCGGACCAAUUGGGAGGGCGAGCUAUUUCAACAAGCUUUCUAUGCCCUUUGAACUCCUGAGAUAUGAUCCACAAACGUACGAGCCAGUCAGAACAGACUCUGGAAGAUGCAUACGAGCACAAAUGGGAGAGGCAGGGAUCCUGGUAGCUCCUCUGACUGCUAUGAACCAGUUCUUGGGCUACGCUGGCAACCAGGCCCAGUCUGAGAAGAAAUUACUACGGGAUGUGUUUCAAGCUGGAGAUAUCUAUUUCAACACUGGGGACCUCCUGCUCCAUGAUCACAGGGACUUUCUUUAUUUCCGUGAUCGCAUCGGAGACACCUACAGAUGGAAAGGAGAGAAUGUAUCCACUACAGAGGUGUCAGAGGUUUUAGGUCUUCUUGAUUUUAUCCAGGAGGCCAACGUCUACGGAGUCACCAUACCAGGAUAUGAAGGUCGGGCAGGUAUGGCGGCUAUUGUCUUAAAACAGGAUCACAAAUGUAAUGGACCAAAACUCUACAACCAUUUAGUAAAAACACUUCCUGCGUAUGCCUGGCCUUGGUUUCUCAGAAUACAGAGCUCUCUGGAUGUGACAGAGACCUUCAAGCAGCAGAAGAUAAAGCUGGUCCAAGAGGGAUUUAAUCCAGACGUCACCCAAGAUCUUCUGUAUUUCUUAGAUGUCUCUCAGAAGGACUAUAUUCUCCUGACUGUAUGUCUUUAUGAUGACAUAGUGUCUGGAAAGAUCAAAUUAUAAACAUUUUAGGACAUGUUAAUGCAGUGUGAGUACAGACCGUACAUUGAAAGAGAAGUAAACAUAGUCCAUGCCGUGGCCACAUUUCCUAUCUGUCUGUAUUUAAAACCUGGUUUGUGUUCAGUGCCACAAUGAGUGGCUCCCAACAUUUUUACUUUUCAGCCCCUCAAAAUAAAGAUGUACCUAGCCCGCUCACA